GAACUUCAUUCACUGAGAAGCCACUGAAGGAGACAGCUACAAUGGCCAAGCUUGUUCUUGUAAAUCUCUUGUUUCUCCUUCUCAACUUAGGCUCUUUGAUCCCUUCUCUUGCUUGCCCUUACUGUCCUUACCCAACUCCACCUUCACCGAAGCAUCCUCCUAAGUUCCCACCCAAACACCCUCCUAAGGUAAAGCCACCCUCUCACCAUAAACCUCCCAAACACUACCCACCUAAGCCACCCAAACCUCCGGUGGUUCCCAAACCACCCGUUGUCAAACCACCAACCGUACCAAAACCACCGGUUGUCAAGCCUCCAAUUGUAUAUCCACCCCAUGUACCAAAACCUCCUACUGUAAAGCCGCCACCUUAUGUACCCAAACCACCCGUUGUCAAACCACCAACCGUACCCAAACCACCGGUUGUCAAGCCUCCAAUUGUAUAUCCACCCCAUAUACCAAAACCUCCUACUGUAAAGCCACCACCUUAUGUACCCAAACCACCAAUCAUUUCCCCACCAACUUUACCACCAAAGCCUCCUACUGUAAAGCCACCACCUUAUGUACCCAAACCACCAAUCAUUUCCCCACCAACUUUACCACCAAAGCCUCCUACUGUAAAGCCACCACCUUAUGUCCCAAACCACCAAUCAUUUCGCCCACCAACUUUACCACCAAAGCCUCCUGUUACCCCAACUCCGGCCGCCUUAUUCCACCCCUCCGGUAACACCGACACCAAAACCACCGGUGAUCAAGCCUCCGACUCUA